UCUUGAUGAUUCCUACCAGUCAGUGGUAAGGCUGCAUCUUUCGCUCUGCUUAACAAAGGGAAAACCGCCUGCGUGUUAACACGGUCUUCGGGGUGAAACUUUUCUACGUGCCUCCUCCGGUUUACUUGUUGUCCAGAAAAGCUGACAAGACUCGCGCAGCCCAGACAGGAGACGCCAAAUUCUCGUGGAAAUUAGACGACGCUCGCAGACUCGUCCUCUGAAGGAACCCAUUCAACAUGUGGUACGACGAAGAGACCACCGCCCUGGUGUGCGAUAACGGUUCCGGCGUGGUGAAGGCUGGUUUCGCCGGAGAUGACGCCCCCAGGGCCGUCUUCCCGUCCAUCGUCGGUUGCCCUCGUCACCAGGGUGUCAUGGUCGGUAUGGGUCAGAAAGACUGCUAUGUUGGAGAUGAGGCCCAGAGCAAGAGAGGUAUCCUGACUCUGAAGUACCCCAUUGAGCACGGCAUCAUCACCAACUGGGACGAUAUGGAGAAUAUCUGGCACCACACCUUCUACAACGAGCUGCGUGUGGCCCCUGAGGAACACCCCAUCCUGCUCACAGAGGCGCCCCUGAACCCCAAGGCCAACCGUGAGAAGAUGACCCAGAUCAUGUUUGAGACCUUCAACGUUCCCGCCAUGUACGUGGCCAUCCAGGCCGUGCUGUCCCUGUACGCCUCCGGCCGUACCACCGGUAUUGUGCUGGACUCUGGUGACGGUGUGACACACAAUGUGCCCAUAUAUGAGGGUUACGCCUUGCCCCACGCCAUCAUGCGUCUGGAUCUGGCUGGUCGUGAUCUGACUGACUACCUGAUGAAGAUCCUGACUGAGCGUGGCUAUGCUUUCGUCACCACUGCCGAGCGUGAGAUUGUGCGUGACAUCAAGGAGAAGCUGUGCUAUGUCGCCCUGGACUUUGAGAACGAGAUGGCCGCCGCCGCCUCCUCCACCUCCCUCGAGAAGAGCUACGAGCUUCCCGAUGGUCAGGUGAUCACCAUUGGCAACGAACGUUUCCGCUGCCCGGAGACUCUCUUCCAGCCUUCCUUCAUCGGCAUGGAGUCCACUGGCAUCCAUGAGACCGCCUACAACAGCAUCAUGAAGUGCGACAUUGACAUCAGGAAGGACCUGUACGCCAACAGCGUCCUGUCUGGCGGCACCACCAUGUACCCCGGGAUCGCUGAUCGUAUGCAGAAGGAGAUCACUGCCCUGGCCCCCAGCACAAUGAAGAUCAAGAUCAUCGCUCUCCCCGAGCGCAAGUACUCCGUUUGGAUCGGUGGCUCCAUCCUGGCGUCCCUGUCUACCUUCCAGCAGAUGUGGAUCAGCAAGCAGGACUACGACGAGGCCGGUCCCACCAUCGUCCACCGCAAGUGCUUCUAAGUUCUCGGCCUCUACCGGACCGACCUCUCGCUCGGGAACUCGCUCUCACGGGUUUUUGAGCUGUCAUUAUUUCAUAACAGCAGAUUCAUGCCUCCCAGAUUACAGACAUAUCAACACAGGGGGUAAAAACAAGGAAUCGUGUACACUCUGUUGUAUGGGGAUUAUUUACUGACGUGAAGGAACCAUGUUCCUUUAUGUGAAUGAACUUUACGUGAAGGAACCACGUUACUGCCGGGAAGGGAAAAAAGGAUUCCGAUACCAAUCGUCAGCGUCAUUAAGCUACGACAGCAGAGUGACACCGACCGGACACCAAGGAUCGGGCGAUCAAACGUUUCAUCCUUCAGCAACACAACGCUUCCCUUUUCAACCACUGUACCGUGUAUCCGAUUGUCUCGAGUCCUUUUCUACUCCUGUCCGUGUUUUUGUUGUUGUUUGUUUUCUUCUUCUUUUCUGCCCGAUGAUCAACAUACCAAAAAUGGGGGAAAAAAAUAAUAAAAUAUCUCUUUUUAACA